UACAAAAAGAUGUUAGUGGAAAAUUAAGAAAAAGGGGAGAGAGACAAUUAGGAGCAACGCCUCCAGAAAAAAAAAAGCAUACCGCAUUUUGCCUGAUUGAGAGGACUGGAAAGAUCUCAAAGUAGAGAAAGAAGAAGAAUGGCAGGAGUCUGGGUGUUUUUAAUAGCCUUUCCUUUAUGCCUUUUGAUUCUGUCCUAUCUGAAAGUUCUCUGGGCACACAGAAGAUUCCCUCCUGGACCAUUUCCUCUUCCUCUCAUCGGAAGCCUGUGGUGGAUUGGGCUCGGACUGAAUCCUGACAGUUUAAUGAAGCUUUCUAAGGUAUACGGGAACAUCUGCACGCUCUGGGUGGCCCACCAUCCGAUUGUAGUCCUGUCUGGAUUCCAAACGGUGAAAGAAGGCUUGAUCAACCAUUCAGAAGACCUGCUUGACCGACCUUUGACCCACUUCCUGAUUAAGGCCUUCAAUAAAAAGGGUAUUGCAUUUGGAAAUGGACACAACUGGAAGCAACAGAGACGAUUUGGUAUAGUUACUAUGCGGACCCUUGGACUAGGGAAGAAAGGCAUGGAGUACGAAAUUGAGGAGGAGGCCCAUCGGCUUGUGGAGGCCUUUUCACGGACAAAAGGGCAGCCACUUGACCCUUCAGUACUGGUCAGUAAUUCCGUCUCCAGUUUGAUAAAUGUUGUCUCUUUUGGAUACCGAUUUUCUCCUGAAGACGAAAAGUUCCGGAGAAUGAUUGCAGCGAGUGAUUAUUUCGAAAGAUUUUCAGUCAGCUUUUAUCAUGCUCUGUAUAACCUUUUCCCGGGGCUCAUGAAACAUCUCCCAGGGCCGCACCAGAAGGCCUUGUCCUGCAUGGAAAUGGGGAUUUUAUAUGCCAAAGAGGAGAUCGAUAAACACAAAGAGAAUCAGAACCUGCACGAGCCCCAGGAUUUCAUUGAUUUCUAUCUACUUCAAAUGGAGAAAAGCAAGGAUGAUCCCAACUCUACCUUUAGUGAAGAGAACCUCACUCAAAUUCUUGUUGACCUCUUUGUUGCGGGUACAGAGACCACUUCCAGUACUUUGCAAUGGGCACUGCUUCUCAUGGUGGCUUACCCAGAUGUCCAAGAUAAAGUCUACAAAGAGAUGGAAGAUGCUUUGGGUCCCUCUCACCCAAUCUGUUACGAAGAUCGGAAGAAACUGCCAUACACCAAUGCUGUGCUUCAUGAGACCCAGCGGGCCAAAUAUAUCUUACCAGUUGGGAUUCCCAGACGAUGUUCAAAGGAUUUCCAGAUGCUUGGCUUUCAUAUUCCAAAGAAAACCCUUGUUGUGACAGAUCUGAACUCUGUCCUUCUUGAUCCCAAGCAUUGGGAGACCCCUGGAGAAUUCAACCCAAACCAUUUUAUGGACAAGGAGGGGAAUUUUGUCACUAGAGAAGAAUUCUUGCCAUAUGGAGCAGGAGCUCGAGUGUGUCUUGGGGAGCAGAUGGCGAGGAUGGAGCUGUUCCUUUUCUUUGCCAACUUGCUGAGGGCCUUCAAAUUUCAACUGCCCGAAGGUGUGAAAGAACUGAACAAAGAGCCAGUAGUUGCAAUAUCAAUGCAUCCCCAUCCUUAUAAACUCUGUGCUAUUCCCCGCAAUAGUUCAUGUCAAAUUAUAUAGGACUUGUUGAUAGUAGAUUAUUUAUUACUGUACAUUUCCCUGUUGUUCCACUUCCUUCAGUCCGACAGUCUGUCAUAACUUGCUUGUUUUUAGAUUGUCUGUGUCCUUAGCCAUUAUCUAGUUCAUCAGAACUUUAAGCAAAUCCAUCAUGUAAGUAAAUUACUUGGCACCUAGGACUGAACUGUUGCACCUCAGCAGGAGUUCACCUUGCUCACAGCACUCAUCAGGAAACCAGAUGUGGUAAUAAACAGUUUAUUGAUAAAACACAUAUAAGAAAGGGCCAAAGGCAUCUUAAAGCAAAUAGUACGAUAAAAAUCCAGGUGUUAAUAAAGAAAGCAAGUCCCAUGGGCAUAGAUAAAUCUAGAAAACAAGAGUUAAAACAUGAACAUUAAUCCAGGUAACAAGGAACGAAACAAGAGAAUGAAUCCAUAGGCAAAUCCAUAAAACAAGAAGCAAAACUUGACCAGGAAACUUGAGCCCUGAGCUAAAGCAUGAACCAGGAACAAGACAGGAGUUUUAUCACUCCAGUAGCGACAUUGCUUGAUCUAAAAACCUAACAGCUCUCUCCCUAAUUUAAGGGCUGCAAAACAUGAACACAUUCCUUUGACCUUGAGAAGCCUGCUUCUGCCUCUCUUUCUCAUAGGUUUUCUUGCACCUGAAUCUCUGCUCCCAGGGCUGUAGCCAGAAA